CUCCCGCCCACUGACCAAUCACAUUCGUUCCGACUCCGGGCUGUCAUUCCAAAACCUCGACUCAUAAAAGAGGCCCAUCGCUCCUCUAAAGUGGAGCAGAUCAAUCCACAGUGAAUACUCGCAGUACUUACUUACUCUGGGCUCGACCAACCACUCACCAACUUCCUCAACCUUCCAGUACUUGAUACACCCAGACAUGUCUUUCCACAUUGAGAACCCAGCGGUCGGUGACCCGCAAAACUCGGAAGACUAUCGUAUUCGCGGCUACAAUCCCCUUACACCUCCCGAUCUUCUUCAGAGCGAAAUCCCGCAGUCGGCCAAGUCAAGAGAAACCGUCCUCAAGGGCCGCAACGAAGCCGUCGCAGUUGUCCAGGGCAAAGAUGCUCAGCGAAGGCUGCUCGUUGUCAUUGGUCCUUGCUCCAUUCACGACCCCGCGGCCGCCCUCGAAUACUGUGACCGCUUGAUGAAGCUCAAGGAGAAGCACCAGGACGACCUUCUCAUCGUCAUGCGCUCGUACUUGGAGAAGCCUCGCACGACUGUGGGUUGGAAGGGGUUGAUCAACGACCCGGAUAUCGACAACAGCUUCAAGAUCAACAAGGGCUUGCGCAUCUCAAGGCAGCUCUUCGCUGAUCUCACUGAGAAGGGCAUGCCUCUGGCAAGCGAGAUGCUGGAUACGAUCUCACCCCAGUUCUUGGCUGAUAUGCUGAGCCUGGGUGCUAUUGGCGCCAGGACUACCGAGUCGCAGCUCCACCGUGAGCUUGCCUCAGGUCUGUCCUUCCCUGUCGGGUUCAAGAACGGUACAGACGGUACUCUCGACGUUGCUGUUGACGCUAUCGGCUCCGUCAAGCACCCGCAUCACUUCCUUUCGGUCACCAAGCCUGGUGUUGUCGCUAUAGUCGGUACCAUUGGUAACGAUGACUGCUUCGUCAUCCUUCGCGGCGGAAAGAAGGGCACAAAUUUCGAUGCUAAGAGCAUCAAGGAGUCGCGCGAGAAGCUGGAGUCCAAGGGCCUGAACGCGCGUUUAAUGGUGGAUUGCAGCCACGGAAACUCUGAGAAGGACCACAAGAACCAGCCUAAGGUCGCACAUGUCUUGGCUGAGCAGAUCGCGGCUGGUGAGGAUUCUAUCAUGGGCGUUAUGAUUGAAAGCAACAUCAAUGAGGGCGCACAAAAAGUGCCGAAAGAAGGUCGAUCUGCUUUAAAAUACGGGGUAUCUAUCACUGAUGCAUGCAUCAGCUGGAGUGAUACGGAAAAAGUGCUUGAGGAGCUUGCUCAGGCUGUAGCGACGAGAAGGUCACUUCUUGGCGUGAAUGGACAGCACUGAAAAGUUCAUCCUCGUUCACAGCAUUCUCACCUUCAGGCGCGGUAUCGGAUUGGUCUCGGCGUUUGCGGGCUCAAUUACCUGACUCGGUCCCAAAAUACAAUGAAUAUAGGCGCAUUUGCGCAGUUCCGAUUUCAAGCAAUUGGAGCACGGCCUUGCCGUGAACUUUGCAAGUGACCAAAUUGUCUAGCUGUUAUUGACGUGGUUGAGAGGAUUCAACUCAUCAUGUCAGUGUCUAUUGUGG